AUGCCCGCUCCAGUUGCGCAGAUCCUCGAGCCUUACGAGCACAAACCGGAGCUCGUGGAGCGUGUAGCCUCGCGAACCGUAACACCUUCCAUUACCAUAGUUGAGCCCAACCCAGAAUGGCCGCAACGUUUCGAAGAAGUCAAAGAGCGGAUUCAAAAAGCCCUGGGGGCCUUGAUCUUGGACAUCGCUCAUACUGGGUCUACCAGUGUUCCUGGCCUUCCAGCCAAAGACAUUAUUGACGUUGAUCUGACACUGAAUGAUGCCACGGAUGAAGCAUCCUAUGUCAAACCUCUGGAAGAGGCAGGGUUUCGAUUUCUCUUGCGUGAGCCGCGAUGGCACCAACACCGAUUCUUUGUGGAGGAUUGGCCCAACGCCUACCACGUCAAUCUCCACGUGUGGAGUCCUGACUCGCCCGAAGCUGCCCGACAUCGUAUCUUUCGUGACUGGUUACUCAAAACGCCAGCGGAUCUAGAAUCGUAUGCCAAAAUAAAAUACGAGGCGGCGGAACAGACGGCUGUAGCUGGGGAUUCGGUAAUGGAUUAUACCCUACGAAAAAGACAAGACGAUCCAUGA